AUGGCCGUCGGGGUUCGAAUGCUUGCUGAUCCAGACUCUAAAGGGCGACUCGACUCGACUCGACUCGGCGCAGCGGGACAGCCGCCGGCGGAGUGUCUGGGGGACAAGGCGGGGCCCGGCCCGCGAUCGCCCAAGGGGUCACCCGAUGAGGGCGUGGCGACCCGCUUCUCGCCCGGACAAUUUUCUUUCCAGCUGCUGGUCCUGUCCGCCCUCGUGGCCGCCGCCAGCGCCGGCAUCGUGGGAGCCCCCGCCGUGGUGGCCCCCGGCGCGCCUGUGGGCUACGCCGCCCGCCCCCUGGGCUACGCCGCCCCCCUGGGCUACGCCGCCCCCGCCCUGGCCGCCCGCCCCCUGGCCUACGCCGCCCCCGCCGUGGCUAAGGUCGCCGCCCCCCUGGCCGUCGACACCGACUUCGACCCCAACCCGUCCUACAACUACGCCUACGACAUCCAGGACGCUCUGACCGGCGACUCCAAGAACCAGCAGGAGAGCCGUCAAGGAGACGUCGUCCAGGGCAGCUACAGCCUCACCGAGCCUGACGGCACCCGCCGCACCGUCGAGUACACCGCCGACCCCGUCAACGGCUUCAACGCCGUCGUGCACAAGGAGCCCCUGGGUGUCGCCAAGGUCGCCGCCCCCCUGGGCUACGCCGCCCCCGCCGUCGCCAAGGUCGCCGCCCCCCUGGGCUACGGCGCGCCCCUGGGCUACGCCGCUGCCCCCGCUCUGGGCUACGGCAAGGCUCUCCUGGGUUAAACAGUCCAACCACCCCUCACGAAUCGAGUCACCACCUGAAAAUCGACGAUUACGACUACUCUCGUAACUUCGCUUUGCUGUACAAACUAUGCUUUUAAUUUAAUUUUUCUGCGUCGUGUGUGCAUCUAUUUGCAUGUUGUAUGUUUUAUUAUUUGUGUCAAAUAAAUUUUUAUAUGUUGA